CGUUGAGUGCCACAAGGAUCGGCGAAGUUACACUCGGGCCCUGGUCUGCCCAUGCCUAGAACCGUGGCCUUAAUUCAACUUCGGGCUUGCGUUGGGUGGACCGUUUUGCGCAGGGCUGGCGCGUGGUGUCACCUUGCUUCUGAAUUCAAUGAGACAGCCAAUCUUCAUAAAGCAUCAUUUGCAUUCUAGGUUGGGGCCUCUCAUUUUUGGCGUACACGCACACUUUCACCGAAGUCUCAUUCCUCCUAGCGUCACUCAAAUCCUCAGCUAACAAUGAAAACCCACCUGCCACGACUGAACGAGCUCCAGAAACUACUAGCAUCGGCAGAAAAGAAGCCACAAUCAGGUAUCAAACAAUAUGUCUCCCACACCACGGAAUCGUCUCCGCCCGACGACAGGAGACCGACCUUUCAGGCUGUCUUGGACGAGAGUAUGUUAACCGCUCAAAACGGUGGUGAGACACACGGGGCAUGGGAGGUCGACAGCGCGGUCACAAUCGAGCUUCAUGAGACCUUUAUCCCUCCCUCAUAGGCGGGGGUGUUAGAGUAGCCGUUGUUGUAUAACAGCAUCAAAAACUCCUUUCAGGUCUAGUAGUAGUAGGGAGGCUACCUUCUUUUGUCCGAAGGCCUUCUCUAUUUUAUGGACAAUACUUUGGACCAGAUCAAUUGCAGAGCGGCCAGGGAGCGCGCCAAAAUGACAGGGUGCUAGCAGCCAGCUUGGAUUGCCCGUAGGGCCGAACUUCUGACUAGGAAGCGUUCAAGGCCUUUGCUUAGGGUAGAAAGCAGGCUCAUCGGCUUCCACGUCUCGGAUACUGUACCAUCCGAUAGAUAAGCAUCCAUCGCUUCACAAUGACGCCAAGUAACGUGACCACGCGUUUGCGCACACC